AUGCCCACCGAACGUCUCGACGUUGAGGACGACGCCCAGCGCGAAGCCCGGCUGAGGCAGCUACUGCAACGCACGAACAACAGCACUGCAUCUGCAUCUAACAACAACAACGAUUCUUCCCCGUUGGCCGCCUUGCCAGGUCCAUCAUCGUUCGACUUUGGCGUAUGCGAGACACAUCCGGUUCAGCCUCCCACACACUUGCUGUCCCGGCUGGAAGAGUUCCUGCCCCAAAUGGAGGCGGCCAACGCCGAUCUGGCACACCGUAUCGAGGCUCAUCCCGAAAGCGUCGACAUCGAGCACUUAGGGGACACCGGGCUUGGUCAAUACAUUGAAAUGAACCUCGGCCUCGGAGUCUUUGAUGUGCGAGGUCGGCAUCCGUCGGGCGAUAUAGGGUUUGCUAAUACUGCGACCAGUAGUAGCUCAAGCUCUGUCUCUGCCACCUCCUCAUCGGGCACCUCGUCCAGUUCAGAGUCAAACGGCUCUGACUUGUCGGAUGAUGACACCGACGACUUACUACAGGAGCGCGGCGCCGAUUCCGACCCCGAUGCGUCACCCUCCGUCAUUCCCGGCAUGCUCCCCCUUUCUCAGU